AUGAAGUUUGGGAAAGAGUUUGUCGCUCAGAUGAUACCAGAAUGGCAACAAGCUUACAUGGAUUACUCUUGUCUCAAAUCCAUUCUCCAAGAAAUCCAAAAUGCACGGAAAAGAUCAGGUGACGUUACACGCAAGCAAACUUUGCAACGCAACUUUAGCGGCCUGACAAAGCGUUGCACCCGAGCCGCCACGUCAGAAGAAAUUGAAAACCAGGACAUAAUGGUGAGUGCAACGAUUGGUGAUGAUGGGUUUGAGAGACACGAGACGUCCAUCAUGAGAGUUGCAGAAGCUGGGAGAGAGCCAGAGCUUGUGUUCUUUAAAACCCUAGAUCUUGAGUUCGAUAAAGUGAACGGUUUUUACAAGUCUAAAGUGGAGGAAAUGGUGGAAGAGGCAGUGGUUUUGAACAGACAAAUGGAUGCUCUGAUUGCUUUCAGGAUCAAAGUAGAUCAACCUUCAUCUUCUUGGACAUGUUCCGAAGCAGUAUCAGUCGACGUGGAUGCCUUGGAUACUACGGAACAUAGGGAGACAUUAGCUGAUGAGAUCAUAGUAGAGGUAAAUGGAUCCAACCAUAGAGAUUCAACGAGAGGGGACGUAAGUGUUCUUGACCGUAUCAGACUAAACAAAGAUCAAGAAACUACUCUGUCUAGGAUUAGAAACGUCCUCAAGCUCUCUCACCACGAAGAACUCAAAUUCACAAGGGAGAAUCUCAAGAAAAUAGAAGAACGGCUUAAGGAUGUCUUCAUUGAAUUUUACCGCAAGCUUAAACAUCUCAACAAUUACAGCUUCUUGAACACCUUGGCGAUUUCAAAGAUCAUGAAGAAGUAUGAUAAGAUUGCUUCAAGAAAUGCAGCAAAAACUUACAUGGAGACGGUAGAUAAGUCCUAUCUCACUAGCUCUGAUGAGAUCCACAAACUUAUGGUGAGAGUUGAGUCUAUCUUCGUGGAGCAUUUCACCAAUUCGAAUCGAAGCAAAGCAAUGAAUCUCUUAAGACCAAAAGUGAAGAAAGAAAAACAUCGAACAACGUUUUCCACUGGUAACUACAAACAUUUUAUAACAGUUUAUUCGAAAUCUCUCAUAUUUGUUCGUAUUUUCUCAGGCUUUUUUGUUGGCUGCUCAGUCUCUCUAGUGAUUGCUCUUGCCUUGUUAAUACACGCUCGUAAUAUAAUGGGCGCAGACGGAAAAAAUAUAUACAUGGAGACAAUGUUCCCUCUAUACAGUUUGUUUGUAUUUGUUGUCCUGCACAUGAUCAUGUAUGCUUCAAACAUAUACUUUUGGAAGAGAUAUCGAGUGAAUUACGCUUUCAUAUUUGGAUUCAAAGAAGGUACAGAGCUUGGUUAUAGACAUGUUCUGCUUCUAAGCUUUGGUCUCAACACGCUUGCUCUAGCUGCUGUUAUAAUGAACCUUGACAUGGAGAUGGAUCCUAAUACUAAUGACUACAAGACACUCACUGAACUUCUUCCCCUUUUUAUUGUUGGUGUAAUGAUAGCAAUUACUAUAUGUCCCUUCAACAUUUUUUAUCGGUCAAGCCGCUUCUUCUUCAUCAUGGUUGUAUUCCGCUGCAUUGCUGCGCCGCUCUAUAAGGUUAAUCUUCCGGAUUUUUUCUUGGCGGACCAAUUCACAAGCCAGGUUCAAGCACUGAGGAGUUUGGAGUUCUACAUAUGUUACUAUGGUUGGGGAGACUUCAGGCUCAGACAAAACACUUGCAGAUCAAGUCAUGUCUACAGCACGUUCUACUUCAUCGUCGCUGUGAUUCCUUACUGGUCACGUUUCCUUCAGUGUGUUCGGAGAUUAAUCGAAGAGAAAUCUUCAGUAGAAGGGUACAAUGCCCUCAAGUAUUUCUUGACCAUUGUUGCUGUGUGCUUGAGAACAGCUAAUAGCCUUAACAGAGGAAACGCAUGGAGAAACGCUGCUUGGUUUUUCUCGGCCUUGGCAACUUUUUACGGCACAUAUUGGGACAUUGUGUUUGACUGGGGAUUGCUUCACAAAUCGUCUAAAAGUUGGUUGAGAGAGAAGCUUCUUGUCCCUCACAAAUCUGUCUACUACGUUGCAAUGGUGGUAAACGUUGUGUUGAGGUUGGCAUGGUUGCAGACUGUUCUAGAUUUCAAUAUCCCGUUCUUGCAUAGAGAAAUAAUGGUUGCUCUUCUUGCUAAUCUCGAGAUCAUACGUCGUGGUAUCUGGAAUUUCUUCAGGUUAGAGAACGAGCAUUUGAACAAUGUGGGGAAGUUCAGAGCAUUCAAAUCGGUUCCGUUACCAUUCAAUUACAACGAAGAGUCACAGUCGAGAUAG